AUGUGCGAUUUUCACUAUGCAGGAAUACAACGUUUUAUGUGAUGGUGCAUGAGAUGGAUUCUCCUGCUUAAUCGUUCGCAUCUGACUGAUCAGUUCACGCCGGGCGAGCACAUUACCCUCCCUCCUCCUCUGUCCCCCUCGUCUCUUCUCUUCUCUCCUCUCCGCUCCGCUUCUUCUGAGCGUGUGGCCGUGUUCUGUCACACACACACACAGAGAGUAGGCUGCCAGUGCGCUACCGGACUAUUAUUCUUUUUCACGACGGCUGGCGAUGAAUCCAUUUGGCAUCGGUACAAUGCGGAGAUAAAUCUGAAUUCAGACCGUGGCGAAGAACAUCCAUGACGGUGAAGCUGUGAGAAAAUUCCGUUUGCAACAUCAACCACGACAACCUUUGACGCAUGGAUUCAAAUCGUGGAUUACUGACGUUACGGAGGAAUGGUCGUGAAACCAUGAACUGCAGCUGGGGGACAGAGCUAUGGGACCAGUUUGAUAACCUGGAGAAGCACACCCAGUGGGGCAUAGAGUUUGUGGAGAGGUACACCAAGUUUGUGAAGGAGCGCUCGGAGAUUGAGCUCAACUAUGCCAAACAGAUCAGAAAUCUGUCGAAGAAAUAUCAACCCAAGAAGAACUCCCGAGAGGAGGAGGAAUACAAGUACUCCUCAUGCCGGGCGUUCCUCAUGACCCUGAACGAACUGAGCGACUACGCGGGCCAGCACGAGGUCAUCGCCGAGAACCUGAACACGCAGAUCCUCUCGGAGCUGUUGCGCUACGUCCAGGAGCUGAAAGCAGAAAGGAAAUCGCAUUUCCAUGAUGGCCGGCGGGCGCAGCAGCAUAUGGAGAACUCCUGGAAACAGCUGGAGUCUAGCAAACGCAGGUUCGAGCGGGACUGUAAAGAGGCUGACCGUGCUCAGCAUUACUUUGAGAAGAUGGACGCCGACAUCAACGUGACUAAAGCCGACGUGGAGAAGCGGUGUUCACUCAAGGCGCGUCAGCAGGCCCAGAUCAGACACCAGGUGGCUGCAGACAGCAAGAACGAGUACCUGAGCUGCCUGCAGAAGUUCAACAAGGACCAGAGUGAACACUACUACACACUCAUACCACUCAUUUUCCAGCGCAUCCAGGAGAUGGAGGAGAGGCGUAUCGAGAGGGUGGGGGAGAGCAUGCGGACGUACGCGGACGUGGACCGCAGGGUCCUGCCCAUCGUCAGCAAGUGCCUGGACGGCAUGAACAAGGCAGCUGAAUCCAUCGACCCCAAAAUGGACACGAAGCAGGUGGUGGAGACGUAUAAGUCAGGGUUCGAGCCCCCGGGCGAUGUGGAGGUUGAGGACUACAGCCUGUCCAUGAGGAGGGCCGUGUCUGAGUCCAGCUUCCUUAACGCCAGAGGGGAGAGCCGCCGCCGCAGCAGGGGCAAACUGUGGCCCUUCAUCAAGAGGAACAAGCUUAUGUCUUUGCUAGCGUCCCCCCGCCAGCCUCCCCCGCCCCCUCCCACCUCCCCCUCCCCCUCGUCGGCCGUGCCCAACGGCCCCCAGUCGCCCCCCCAGCAGCAGAAGGAGCCCUUCGCCCAGCGCAUCAACGGCUUCAUGUCCUCUAAGCACCGCAGCCUACGCAGCCUCAAGAGAGGGCUUUCCCUCAAACUGGGUACCGGUUCAGAGGACUACAGUCACCUUCCCCCAGAGCAGAGGAGGAAGAAGCUGCAGGCUAAACUCAACGACAUCACCAAGGACCUGCAGAAAGAGAUAGACCAGAGGGAUGCCUUGACUAAGAUGAAAGACGUGUACAUAAAGAACCCCCACAUGGGCGACCCCAGCAGUGUGGACCCACGCCUGGAAGAGAUCGCUCACAACAUGGAGAAGCUGCAGCAGGAGGCCCAGAAGUUUGAGAGCUGGUUGGCUGAUGUGGAGGGGAAGUUGCUGGAGAAGAGCGACCCCCAGAGGAGACAGAGUGCCCAUUACGACUCCCAAGGAAACACUCCUGUGGGAAACAACUGUGCUCAGAACAGGGAGAGCCCGGAUGGAAGCUACACAGAGGACCACAGCGUGGAGACCCAGUUCAAGUCCCGCAGCACCGAGUUCGACGACGAGUUCGACGACGAGGAUCCACUGCCCACUAUAGGCACCUGCAAAGCCCUCUACCCCUUUGAAGGUCAGAACGAGGGGACGAUCUCCAUGGCCGAGGGGGAGAUGCUGUACGUGAUCGAGGAGGACAAGGGGGACGGCUGGACACGCGUGCGGCGGAACGAGGACGAGGAGGGUUACGUGCCCACCUCCUACAUCAAGCUCUACUUCGACACCAGCGCCAAAGAUUCCUAGAACAGUUUGGCUGGCGCAGCGAAGGGCAGGGCAAGCAUCCUUGCGAGAAACAUCCUCCUCUUAAAACUCUAGUCAGAGAGACGACCCAAUCGACCAACCCAGUCCAAAGGCAAUUCAGUUCCCUUUACCGCUCUCACACCCACUCGGCCAGCUGACGGAGGAGAAACACCCCCCCCACACACACACACACGCACACACACACACACACACACACACACACACACACACUUCAUAUUGUUCCUCCUCUGUGAUGCUUGCUUGUUGUGUUUCUGAGUGCGUACCUGGUGUUUCUGUGCGUGUGUGUGUGUGUGUGUGCAUGUGUGCGUGUAUGUGUGUGUGUGUGUGUGUGUGUGCGAGCGUGUGUGUGUGUGUGUGUGUGUGUGUGUGUGUUAAGUGGCUGCUUGCUGUCACAACCACAGCCGUAAGCGGAGCAAAGUAUAGGUCACUGUCUGUCACCCUUUAGCCACCGUCUUAAAAGGGCCACCACGCGCUUGUUCAGAACACACACGCACGCACACACACACAUACACAGACACACAGAGGUGAGGUGGGGAAAAGGGAUCAUAUUUGUGAAAGUGGAAGCAUCACACCACUUCUGUGUGUUUACAUCAUAACAUCCCAACCAAUGUGAGUUCCCAUUGGUCAGUAUCA